AAAGUAGAGACACAGAAGAGAUUUCAUCAAGCCAGUAACUCUCCACAGGCCUAAAAUAUGAGCAUGUCUCAGAGGAUGAGCGGAGAUACAAAGCCGGAUAUGAAGAAAGAGGUGAUCAACAGCAGCCAGGUGGUUUAGUCCAUUUAUUAAUUGUAUUCAUUAGUCCGGGUCAUUCCAUAGAUGCGUUAGCGGGUGGUACAGGCCAUCAUCAAGGUUUAGAUUAUAGCCUGAAACACCUUUUGUUUUAAAUAUGAUAUCGAAAUCCAAGAUCCUACAAUAGCGGAGGCUGAGGAGGAACCGGAUUUACGGGACGCAUGAAUUAAACAAUCACCAACACUUCACGUCCACCCCCCACCCCCUUAAUGUGCUCAAACGGAGGUGUGUGGAGGAGAAAGCGAUUCGAGCCCGCAGCCGAUGCCCGGAGAAAACAGCAGCCUGUGUGCAGGCAGCUGUGGACGACAGGAAGGUGGUACCCAAGUGUCGGUGUUUAUUAUCUGGGAUCGGACUCCGGAGGCGCGUCGCUGAGGUAUGGGCUGCGCUCCCAGUAUCCACGUCUCUCAGAGCGGGGUGAUCUACUGCCGAGACUCAGACGAAUCCAACUCCCCCCACCAGACCACCACCAUCUCUCAGGGCACCGCGGCCACGCUACACGGGCUCUUCAUCAAGACCGAUGCGGCCGAGACCAUCCCCUCCGUCAUCACCUACCAGAACCGGCACUCGCGCAACAACUCAUACCGCGAUCGCAAGGAGAACAGCGGUGGACACAUCCGCAUCGAGGCCGAGACGCAGACCAGCCACACCAGCGUCAAGGUUUCAGCUACAGAGGAAUGUGUAGGACCUAUGAGACUCACUCAAGAGCCAAUUCAGGUCCUGCUGGUGUUCGCCAAGGAGGACAGCCAAAGUGAUGCCUUAUGGUGGGCCUGCGACCGUGCUGGGUUCAGGUGUAACAUCGCACGGACGCCAGAGUCUGCCGUUGAGUGUUUCCUGGACAAGCACCAUGAGAUUAUAGUCAUUGAUGGACGCCACUCGCGCUACUUUGAGCCUGAAGCUGUAUGCCGGUUGAUCCGCGCCACAAAGCCCUCUGAAAACACAGUUAUUCUAGCCGUUGUGCCACAAAAACCGGCUGACCAGGAUGAGCCAUCUGUUCUUCCUCUCCUCUGUGCUGGAUUUAGCAGAAGGUUUGUGGAGAACAGCAGUGUGUCAGCCUGCUAUAAUGAGCUCAUACAGAUUGAACACGGAGAGGUGCGCUGCCAGUUCAAACUCAGGGCUUGUAACUCUGUCUUCACUGCUUUGGAGCACUGUCAAGAGGCUGUGGAGAUCACAAGUGAGGACCACAUAAUACAGUAUGUGAACCCAGCGUUCGAGCGGAUGAUGGGCUACCACAAGGGGGAGUUGAUUGGGAAGGAACUGACUGAACUCCCCAAGAGCGACAAGAACAGAGCUGACCUGCUGGACACCAUCAACACCUGUAUCAAAAAAGGAAAGGAAUGGCAGGGCAUCUAUUAUGCCAGAAAGAAGUCAGGUGACAGCAUACAACAACAAGUGAAGAUAACACCUGUCAUCGGCCAAGGAGGGAAGAUUCGACAUUUUGUAGCCAUCAAGAGACCUCAUAUUGACAACAAUAAUCAGGUCCACAAGUUCAACAAGGAAGAGAGAUGCAGCGGGGAGUAUUCUCAGUCAGAGUGCCAUUCUCUACGUCACCGGGACAGGAGGAAAGAUUCAAUUGAUGCCAGAUCGCUCAGCUCUCGCGGUAGUGACGCUCCCAGUUUACAGAAUCGAAGAUAUUCCUCCAUCGCCAGGAUUCACUCCAUGACUAUCGAGGCUCCCAUCACCAAGGUAAUAAACAUCAUCAACACCGCCCAGGAGAGCAGUCCGGUAACGGUGGCCGAGGCUCUGGAUCGUGUGUUGGAGAUCCUGAGAACCACUGAGCUCUACUCCCCUCAGCUCGCCUCCAAAGAAGAUGACCCCCACACCAACGACCUGGUUGGGGGGCUCAUGAAUGAUGGGCUGCGGAGACUCUCUGGGAAUGAAUAUGUCUUCUGCAAAAAUAUGAGCCAGAGCCAGCUGGCCAUCCCAGUCACUCUGAAUGACGUCCCUCCACCCAUCGCCGAGAUGCUGAAUGAUGAGGAGUGCUGGGAGUUCAACAUCCUGGAGCUGGAGGCAGCUACACACAAGAGACCGCUGACUUACCUCGGGCUGAAGAUCUUCACUAGUUUCGGUGUGUGUGAGUUCCUGAACUGCUCGGAGGCCACGCUGCGCUCCUGGCUGCAGCUCAUUGAGGCCAGCUACCACUCCUCCAACUCCUACCACAACUCCACGCAUGCUGCAGACGUGCUGCAUGCUACUGCCUACUUCCUACGCAAAGAGAGAGUCAAGAGCAGUCUGGAUCAGCUAGAUGAGGUGGCGGCGCUGAUAGCAGCCACAGUGCACGAUGUGGACCACCCGGGCAGGACCAACUCCUUCCUGUGUAACGCCGGUAGUGAACUGGCGAUCCUCUACAACGACACAGCCGUGCUGGAGAGCCACCACGCGGCCCUCGCCUUCCAGCUCACUAUUCGAGACAACAAGAGCAACAUCUUCAAGAACACUGACAGGAAUCAGUUCCGAACACUGCGACAGGCAAUUAUUGACAUGGUGCUGGCCACAGAGAUGACCAGACACUUUGAGCACGUCAGCAAGUUUGUCAACAGCAUCAACAAGCCAAUGGCUGCCAUAGAAGAGACCAGCACAAGUAGCGUGAACAGCGACUGUGAGGGUCAGGCAAACAUCAGGAACUCUCCAGAGAACCGUCUGCUGAUAAAGAGGAUGUUGAUCAAGUGUGCGGAUGUGGCAAACCCCUGCAGACCGCUCGAGCUCUGCAUUGAGUGGGCUGGACGGAUCUCUGAGGAGUACUUUGCACAGACGGACGAGGAGAAGAGACAAGGGCUGCCGGUGGUGAUGCCAGUGUUUGACAGAAACACCUGCAGCGUGCCCAAAUCUCAGAUCUCCUUCAUAGACUACUUCAUCACUGAUAUGUUUGACGCCUGGGAUGCCUUCGCCUGCCUGCCUGGUCUCUUGGAACACCUGUCAGAGAAUUACAAGUACUGGAAGAGCUUGGACGAGAUGAAGUGUAAGAGCCUGCGUCCUCCCCCUCCUUCUUGACCAAUUCCUCGUCGCCUCCUCUCAUCCAUCACUCCGGGCAGGGUAGGACAGCGAAUGCAGCCCUGCGGUGGAACAAUUAGUCUCUUCAGCUGUGAUUCGACAGGAGCUCUGUGGCCUCCCAGACGCCCCCCGGACACGUUCACGGCACGAAGCUGGGUUAAUCGGGGGACUCUGAAAGCAGACAUCACUGACUGAACACUGAGACGCUGUUUCGAUCUCAAAUCACAGCCUCUUUUCUUGUUUGGUUCUCGGUGGAGGUGGUGUUCUGCCAGUGGAGAACAGGUUGUCAUUUGAGGGCCCCGUCAACUCUCUGUUGCCACUUUAUGGCCCUGUUCAGUAUUCCUAAUAGCACCGCCAUAAAACUGUGUGGACCUCAUGAUUCACCUGACAAUCUGUACCAUACAGUGUAACACACCAGAAACCUGCACUUUAGCUAAUCAAGACACUUUCAUUUUUAGCUCCGUCUUGCUAGUUUUGCUUUUCCCAGUUUUUUCUCAGUUUUCUUUAAACAAAUCUUUUCAUUCUACGUCUGUCUAUUGCUGUAAAAGGAAUGUGGUGAAUAAGGUGGUCACCAAAGCUAGAUACACUGACUGAAAAUAAGCACCAAGACUGAUCUGUUAAUGCUUGUCGGUGAAUGUGUGUGUACUCAAAAGUCCCUUUUCAAAUUGCCAACUUGUGAAGGUGCUCAGCUGGAAUUAUUCCGAUCUGUAAUACGGUCUACGGUAUGAGACACACACUGACUUUUGUCUGGGACCAAAUUCAAUUAGCAAUCGCUGUUGGCCCUGUACAGAAAGAACUUGUCGGAAAGAUUUUAGAAAGAGGAGCUCGGGAGACGGUUAGCCAAGUACCAGGGUUCAAUCAGAGAGGGAGAACCAGCCAGCACACGGGUUUUCUAAAUGUCCAGCCCCGUAUACAGAGGUGACGUCGAGGAAGGGCUGCGUUUGAGAUGAUUACUGGAUUUAAAGAUCAUGUAGCUACACAACAAGUGGUGAAAUAUCUCACCCAAAAAUCUACUGUUAUGGUAACUUCCUCUACAUCAUCGUCCUUGUGCACUGUGAAAGCAGUCAGUGAAGACAGUGGAGAUCUUUGUCAAACAUGUAUGUCAGAACAAAAUGGAGGAACAGAAUUGCACUGUAUCAGAGCUGUUUAAGUUAGAGGUGAUACUUUCAUCAAACAAUAUAAAAAUAUCAGAUGUUACUUACAUAGCUUUGUGACACUAACUGUAGACAUUUUGCACCCGAAUAAGAAGAAAUCUGACUUGCGAGUAUCUGAACAAUGUAAGUAUAAGUGUUCUAUGUGAAGCUACACUGACUGUUGUAUGAGUCUGUUAAGUCCUGUACGGGCCAUGCAACGCUAUUGUCAAAGUUAGCGAGUAGCUGUGUUGGACCUCACAGCGGCUUGACAGAUGUAUGAAGGAGCACCAGAUCCAUGUUUAGAGCCAGCUUGUAAAAACAACAGCUGCAGAGCCAGCGUCUGUCUGCUUCUAACACUAAUCAGCUCCGGCUCUCACAUGGUUUUCAUUAAAGCAAGUUUUACUGUAUCUCAGAUCCUGCAACUGCUAUUCACCUUGCAGUCAUUUGGAUCUCUUUUGGGAGAAAUAUAGCUGCACAUGAUUUUCAAAUAAUUUGGAUUCAUAGAAAUAGACAAAAAAGGCCAUCAGAUGAUGAGAUUUGUAUGAUGUGUCUGCCCUCUGGUGGCUACAUGGUGGUGUUGCAGUGGUGGUACACACAUCAGAAAAUGGGAUUUUAACACAUAAAGGUGAAACAGUGUUGCAAAGUUGCUAGGAGCACAUUGAACCCUUUGAUAUUAUUUUAUAAAAUUGAAUUAGAAAUCAAAAUGGUGAUUAGUGGUUAAAUCUGCAGAUAUCCAUAAACUACCUGAGCUGCUUUGGUGAAAUAGUGUAAUUUCAUUGUUAUGUAUUACCAGUUCUCGUCCUAAGACUCCAUCUGAAUCGUGGUCAUGAAUGAAAUAGGAGGACAUGUUGCUGUGUGUGUACAGUAUGCGUGCACUAAUCCAGGAAACGCACAUUACAGUAUUAACCAAAGGCACAGAGAGCUCUUUACAGGUGCCUUAUUCUUUGGUCAUCUUUACAGAAACAAAAGUAUUUUUUUGUUGAAAUAGUUCCUCCUAUCCUCUCAAAGAAAGAAUUUGAAGAAAAGCCAUACAUGUUUUAGAUAGUUUUUAAAAAAAAAUAUGACUUUGGGUAUGUUGUUUAUGGUCUGAGUUAACUUGGUGAGUCAGUGUUAAUAGUUCUGUCACAAUGGUCCUGACAUUUUAUCCUUUCUGUUUUGUACAACUACGCAGUUUUUAAAAGACAGAAACUGAAUCAGGUGAUGUUGAAUCAGAUGUGAAUUCCACUAUUGGUUUGUCAGUUAUCGUUUCAGUUCACUUUUAAGAGACAGAGCUGGUCACAUCCAUGUUCAAUGUAUUUAUAAUGAUAUGUAGUCCUUUUAUUGAUGACCAAGGUCUUAAUGAACGCCUUAAUCUUAUCACAUCUCAGUGUUUAGGUCUGCUACUGUUGCAAUACACUGUAAACUUCCUAACGUACCUGCUGUUCUUGUAAAUACUCACCCAAUAUAUAAUUUUUUUGCUUUGCAUUUUACAUAAUUUGCUUGUGUAACUUUUGUUUUGGCUGUUUUAUGUUGCAGGGGUGAUUUCCAAAAUCUAUAAAACAAGAUUUCAAUUUUUUUUUACAGUGACUUGAAAUGUGGCUCCACCUCUGAAUGUUUCAAGACUGCUCUCACUGAUCAUGGGAAGAUAUUUUUGCUAGUCGAUAAUGAAAGAUUUCUAUUCAAAAGGACAAUUUAAAUAUUUCAGAUUUACAUGUCAGACAAACAUGCCUUUUUCUGUGAGCAGCAAUGACUGGAACGUGAUAUCAAUUAGAUCAGAUGACAGCCGCGCUUUGAGUCUACUGAGGCAGAACCAGAUUGUAUAAGUGCUUGUUAUGUAAUGAUAAGCCUUCAUCGCUUAGUGAUUUCUAUUCCCGCUCUCUUUCAUCUCUGACACUGAUGGCCGUGGCUGCGGACAACGUGCCAAUCCUGUGUUGUUUUGUAUAAUUUAUAAACAAUAAUUAGUAACUGAUAAUGCUAUAUUCAGUGCAAAUUAUUUUUCAAAGAAACAAAAAUCAUCAUUAUUGGCCAUGAGAACUGUAAUGUGUGUUUUGAAAGAUUUUGAUGCCUCAUGCAUAGUGAAAAAAAGCUUUCCACCAGUCAGUUAAAAUGUUUGUUUGAACACUUUAAUUUAGUUUGCUCUCUGGAUUAUGAUGUCUUAUUUUGAUGUUCUCUGUCAAACACAGAAAUGUAUUGUGAGAGACAAUUAAAGCAUUCUUUAAAUAUGAA